AUGGAAGCGACCGGGGCUGCGUCUGCGAUACUUGGAAUCGCUACGACUGGGGCCCAAUGCUCCAUCAAGCUACUCACCUUUGCCGGCCAUGUCAAGUCCGCAGAGGAGGAAAUUACGCAUCUCGCCGAGGAUGUGUCCUUGAACGCGAGCAUAUUGCAGCAGCUUGGCGAUUUGGUCAAAGAUGGCGAGGGGAAUGAGCAAGCCAGGUUUGGCGGCAGUAACGACGGCCAUGAUGAGAGGGAGAGCCUAGUCGCGGAUAUCCACGAUGCCAGAUACGACGAGUCGAAGAAGGGGAUCUUCAACGCGGUCGGACUUGCGACUGUUAUGAAACUUGCCGAGCGAUGCAGGGCGAUUUUUGAUACACUCGAUGAAGCCAUACAGCGAGCGACUGCGCAGUCCGGUUCAACCUCCCGAACGCCGGGACAGGUCACACUUGGCCGGCUGGCGAUGUUAAGAUGGCCCUUGCUGAGGCCGGAGACGGAGGCUGUGCGAUGUCAGCUGAGAGAUAUCAUAGGGACGUUGAUGUUUAUGCUGCAACUUGGCAUGUUGCGUUGUUUGAGGAGAAUGGCAGAAGGCGGACCAAAUAAGCACGCCUGCAGUUUUUCUCGCUUAUCUAAAGCUGAUCAAGAGCUACUUGUUAUGUCCAUUAUCACGACGUACCAGAAGCAACAGGCAGCGAUACGCCCAUCAAGCGAGGACACGCGAGUGAACGACACACCCAGCUCUGUCAUAGAAUUGAAUGGUUUGCGGCCGGGAAGAGAGACCAGAGCCAAUAAUCAGCAUUCCGUGAAGAACAAGCCUAGUCGACUGUUUGGGUUCUGCAGGAGGCUUUUCCAUCCAACAUCAAACGAGAUGGCAGCGGAUCAAGCAAGUGACAAGAGCAAUUCUGGUCAAAACUCGGUAAGAGACACGCCGCUUGAAUCAAGUUAUUCAAGCGAAGGGUCGCAUGUCCGACCUCUCCAGGUGGAAGAGCAGAGCUUCGCGUCUCCACCGGAAGCCCAGUCAUGCGCCGAUUAUCAGGAUGGCACAAUCGCGUUUAUCAACGAGGCCAAAGCCAAUGUGCAGUAUUUAUCUUCGCCCGAAAAGGAACCCGUUCGGUCGGAGUUUCAACAACAAACAGAAAUACUCCCUCAGAAAGACUGCCUUGAAGUACGCGUCUUCUCUCCCGUCGCCUGCGUCAAAGAUCGCAAGAUCCAUAUAGAAUACAUCCAUCGAGUCAUCCAUAUUUCUCAGGAAGCAGCCCAAUGGCAGUUAGAGGCGUGGAGAUCCACUUCUACCGAUACCGUUCUCAGUCGCCUUCUCGCGCUAACCACGUGCGAACAUGAGGCACUAAAAUCACAACCAUUUGCAGCAAACGACAAUUCAAAUUUUGACUACAAAACCCUUGAGUGGCUCCAUUUGGGUGAUACUCUUCCCCUUAUCGACGAUGUGGCACAUGUUUGGGCGAGGAGUAUAACUGCGGUGGUUAAAGUAAGUCGCGAGUCACAGGGCAAGAGAAGAGAUGUCGGUCAGGGAGAGAGGGAACAAGGUGAAAGAGUCGAUACGUGGACUAAAGUACCCCGACAGUAUCUGCAUCCUGAGACAUUGAAUCACUACAACUUGCCUUGGAUGGAAGAUGAGCACGAUUCGGACUGUGUUCUAGUUAAGCGGUUUAUCUCACAAGCCCUCCAGGAGGAGCUAUUCGCCCAUACCCGGCGCGUUCACAGAGAACCGCUUGGUGUCCUUUGCCCAUGGCAAAAAGCGGAAAAGGUCGUGAAGUCGAAGAGGAAGCAGAAAUCCUCGAACUCUGAGGAUACGGGGAUUGGUCCUACGUCAAAUCCAGAUAUUAUCUCACAGUCUAACAUCAAUAUCCGGGGAAACGUGGAAAAUAUAGUAGAUGAACUUCUAGCUCGGUAUACAAAUGCAUGA